AGUAGUUUGUGUGCUACGUGCUCUGACUGAUCCCCCCGUUCUUUAUAUAUGUCAUAUGAGUGUACUCAGUCAAGUUCAAUUUCAACUCAACAUCUCUCCAACAAGCCUAGCUGGUGACUUUGAUCUCGCAAUCAACACAACGCAGCUGAUUUUCAUUUAAGUUCAUAUGGCUCCAGCAGCAGCAUCUUUGGAUUCGAUAAAACCUAGAGAUGUUUGUAUCGUUGGGGUUGCACGUACACCUAUGGGUGGAUUCCUUGGUUCCUUGUCAUCCUUGUCUGCUACCAAGCUUGGAUCUAUUGCUAUUGAAGCUGCUCUUAAGAGAGCUAAUGUUGAUCCAUCUCUUGUACAAGAAGUUUACUUUGGCAAUGUUCUCAGUGCAAAUCUAGGGCAGGCUCCUGCUAGACAGGCUGCAUUAGGUGCAGGACUUCCUAAUUCGGUUAUCUGUACUACUGUUAACAAAGUUUGUGCAUCUGGGAUGAAAGCUACAAUUCUUGCUGCACAGAAUAUUCAGUUGGGCAUCAAUGAUGUUGUUGUGGCUGGUGGCAUGGAAAGCAUGUCUAAUGCACCUAAAUACUUGGCGGAAGCAAGGUUUGUAUUACUCUAUUAUUCAUCAUUCUUUUGUUUUGAGACUCAAUUAGAGAUUUCUGAUCCUGCAUUUGCAUGCAGGAAAGGGUCUCGACUAGGACAUGAUUCUCUUGUUGAUGGAAUGCUAAAAGAUGGAUUAUGGGAUGUUUAUAAUGAUUGUGGCAUGGGAACUUGUGCUGAGCUAUGUGCUGAUGAACAUGCAGUAACAAGGGAGGAUCAGGACAAUUUUGCUAUUCAGAGCUUUGAGCGUGCUAUUGCUGCCCAGGAAGCUGGUGCCUUUGCAUGGGAAAUUGUUCCGGUUGAAGUUUCUGGGGGAAGGGGAAAACCAUCAACCAUUGUUGAUAAAGAUGAAGGUUUAGGGAAGUUUGAUGCUGCAAAAAUGAGGAAGCUCCGACCAAGUUUCAAGGAGAAUGGAGGCACAGUUACAGCUGGCAAUGCCUCUAGUAUAAGUGAUGGGGCUGCAGCUUUAGUUUUAGUGAGUGGUCAGAUGGCACUUAAACUUGGUCUGCAUGUGAUUGCAAAGAUCACAGGAUAUGCUGAUGCUGCUCAGGCACCAGAGAUGUUCACAACUGCUCCAGCACUAGCAAUACCAAAAGCUAUUUCAAAUGGUGGCUUGGAUGCUUCUCAGAUUGAUUAUUAUGAGAUAAAUGAAGCCUUUGCUGUUGUGGCCCUUGCAAACCAGAAAUUGCUUGGACUUAAUCCAGAUAAGGUUAAUGUUCAUGGGGGUGCUGUAUCCUUGGGACAUCCCUUGGGAUGCAGUGGAGCUCGAAUCUUGGUCACACUUUUGGGGGUAUUGAGGCAGAAAAAUGGGAAAUACGGUGUUGGUGGUGUUUGCAACGGAGGAGGUGGUGCAUCAGCACUUGUUCUAGAGCUUGUGUGAGCCCUUUAUGUUAGGAUGUUACGUGCGUGUGAUUGGUUAAGUGCACAGCUGGCCUUGAAUUAACGGAAGCAAGCACAAAAACCGUUUUAAGUCGUUCAACUUUGUGGGGCCCCAUCGCAAUAUUUCCUCUCCCCUCCCUUUUGGCCCACCUCUCUCGUCUUUAUCAACGCAAUACAAUACCGUCUUCUUGAAACGCAACUCAAAACAAUCAGAAACGAAUUCUCACUCCCUCUGCAACAAUAUCAUUCAUGGCUGAAAAAGGUCAACCACUGCCAAAAUUUGGUGAAUGGGAUGUUAAUAACCCAGCAUCAGCUGAGGGAUUCACAGUUAUUUUCAACAAGGCUAGAAAUGAGAAAAAGAUGGGUGGGAAGCCUGAAUCACCUGCAAAAGAUUUUACUCAACUUAAACGCGGGGCUGUUCUUGGAAAGCCACAAUCUAAAAAAUGGUUUUGCUGUGUCAAUGCUGCCAAUGCAAAAUCAUGAGGAAGCUCUGAUCUUAUCAGAUUUAUAAAAUAAAAGCAUUAUACGUCUAUAAAUUACAUAUGAUCCAGAAGACUGGAGCUGCUUUCAAGAGCUAUGAUGGGUCUUGCUGGAGUCCGUUUGUUGUGACAUGUAUUCUAGGGAAAAUUAUGAUGAAAGAAUAAUGUUUAUAUGUUUAUGUAAUACUAGUAAGUUAUUGUUUCAAGUGGGUUUUGUUUUUCUUGUGUGAAACUGUGUGUACUUACAUGAAACAAAGUACUACUUUCGCAUUUUCGAAUAAUCAACAAUGUCAAUGAUGAAUUCACAACGAUUCUUCUGUA